GGGCGCCAGCGUAUAAAAGGGCGGGGCGCGCUCUGAGCCACAAACACUCUCUGAGUGAGGCAGAUCACACACACAGUCAUCAUGUCCAGUGAUAAGUCCAAGGCUGCUUCCCAGACCGACGGGAAGGCUGCUCAGAGCAAGAAGUCUGAGAUGGGCAUGAUGGCCUACAAGAUGUUUGUGUUCGACCAGGAGAACUUCCAGGGUCGCAUGGUCGAGAUCAGCAACGAGUGCAUGAACGUGUGUGAGAUGGGCAUGGACCGCGUCCGCUCCCUCCGCGUUGAGUGUGGACCCUUUGUGGGCUUCGAGCAGAUGAACUUCUGUGGCGAACACUACAUUCUGGAGAAGGGAGAGUUCCCCCGUUGGGACUCUUGGAGCAACUGCCAGAAAAACGACUACCUGCUGUCCUUCAGGCCCGUCCGCAUGGACCCCGAGAAGCACAAGAUCUGCCUGUACGAGGUUGGGGAAUUCAAGGGCCGUAAGAUGGAGAUCAUGGACGAUGACGUUCCGUCUCUGUUCUCCUACGGCUUCACCGACAGGGUCGGCAGCAUAAUGGUCAGCUGCGGAACCUGGGUGGGCUACCAGUUCCCCGGAUACCGUGGCUCCCAGUACCUUCUGGAGAAGGGCGACUUCAAACACUUCAACGAGUUUGGCGCCCGUCACCCCCAGUUCCAGUCGGUGAGGCGUAUCCGCGACAUGCAGUGGCACCAGCAGGGAUGCUACACCAUGGCCAGCAAGUGAGGCUCAGGGAAGGAGAGAAAGAGAAAGAGUGGAAGAGAGGGAGAGGGGCGGAGGAAGAGAGAGAGGGGGAGAGAUGUCUGAGGCCUUGCCGCACCCCUGGCUGAAGCUUACCAUCUGAAACAGCAAGGGAGAGGGGUGACGUUAAAUAUCCCCCACUCUUUGAAACCUCAAUUGAAGGACCACCUGGCUACAGAACACCUGACAGACAACCCCUCCAUCACUCUCUCUCUACUCUUCUCUUUCUCUCCUGUGGUCCGACCUUAGCUUUUCCCUCCUUCGCCCCCCCUUCCUUUUUCGUCCCCCAUUCCUUUCCCCUGCAGUCCAUUGCAGCACCAAAGAGGGAACGAGAAAUAUCUUGCUGUUUUACACAUGAUUCUCGGCUCAGGGUAUGAUGCACCAUGGGAAAAGAAGUUUCAAUAUCCACCCCCCACUUCCUAACCCUGUGUAUCGCACACCCUCUCUGCUGUACAGAAUCCUGGCCAACUUUUCAAUAAAAAUGAAAAUCUUGAUUUCAAAA